AAAUGUCCUAGACCCCCGUUUCUGAGUCUAGGCGCGUUGCUUGGAGCAUUGUUGUUCCGUAAAGAAAUUAAGGCUCAGAAACGGCCGUCAACGUUUCAAUUGCAAGCACAGAGACAGUGAUCCGUUCCCCCUCAGACACCGUCUGAUAAAAUGGCACUCGUGUGCGCGUUGAGCGACGAAGCUCCAGAAUGCCCCGUGAUCUCGCCGGUUUCGGGAGCGGUGUUCGAGAAGCGGCUUAUCCUGAAAUACCUUCAAGAUAAUGGCUGUGAUCCGAUCAAUCAGAAAGAGCUUUCGGCCGAGCAACUCAUCGAAAUCAAAACGCCGCCGCUCGUGAAGCCGAGACCACCAUCGCUCACGAGUAUCCCCGCUAUUCUCAAGGCGCUCCAGGACGAAUGGGACGCUGUAAUGCUGAACAGCUUCUCGCUGCGGCAACAGCUGCAUACCGCGCGUCAGGAGCUCUCGCACGCUCUGUACCAACACGAUGCAGCCUGCCGGGUGAUUGCGCGACUCACGAAGGAGGUUACCGCUGCUCGCGAAGCGCUCGCCACGCUCAAACCCCAAGCGGCCCACGCUGUCCACAUGGAGGUUCAAGAGUCUCCCACGUCUAAAGACGAGGUCAUCGGAAUGAGUCAGGAAGUUGUUCAGAAACUCACAGACCGUGCAACGCUGCUCACAGCCGAGCGUAAGAAACGCGGCCGGAACGUUCCCGAGGAACUCGCGAAGCCAGACGACAUCAAGAGCUACAAGACUGUUCAGUCUCAGACUUCGAUUCACGCCUCGUCAACUCCUGGAAUUCUGGCUCUCGACAUCAACCCGAAGGAUAGCUCCAAAUUCGUUACCGGCGGGAACGAUAAACAGGUGGUCAUCUUCAACAAGGACAGCGAGCAAAUCGUCACUGUGCUCAAAGGCCAUCAGAAGAAGGUCACCCAUGCCAUCUACCAUCCAGAUGGAGAGCACGUCAUCACAGCCAGUCCUGACACCACGGUCCGCCUUUGGCACAUUGGCACCUCUCAAACGAUUCAGCUCUUGCGCACUCACGAUGGUCCGGUGUCGGCGCUUUCGCUUCAUGCGACCGGAGAUUACGUGCUGACAACCGCCAACGACGACUACUGGGCCUUCAGCGACAUACGCACCGGGAAAAUUCUGGCUAAAGUCAAUGAUUCUCAGGCUGUGGAUAACCACACCCUCACGGCGGCUCAGUUCCAUCCCGACGGUCUUAUUUUCGGAACGGGAACUUCGGAUUCCCUGAUCAAGAUCUGGGAUCUGAAAGAGCGACAGAACGUCGCCUAUUUCCCCGGUCACAAUGGCCCCAUCACAGGUAUCGCUUUCUCGGAAAACGGCUAUUAUCUGGCCACGUCGGCUGAAGACUCCACCGUCAAGAUCUGGGAUCUGCGGAAGUUGAAAAACAUCAAGACGAUACAACUCGAAGACAAUUACGUCGUCAACGACCUCACUUUCGACCAGAGCGGUCAGUAUCUCGCUCUGGCAGGGAAAGACGUUCGAGUGUAUCUGAGCAAACAGUGGGAUCUCGUCGCCACUUUCCAGGACCAUACUGCCGAAGCCAUGGGUGUGAGAUUCGGACACCACGCCUCUUUCGUAGCUUCGGUCAGUCAAGAUCGAACAUUGAAAAUCUAUUCUGCUUAAACGCAUCGAUUGCCAGCAAAUCAGACACAGGCAUGAUUUCAAAUAUUCCCCAUGGAUACAUUUCUGUACAUUUCUGGAGAAAGUUUGGAGACACAAUAAUAAAACAGCGAUUCACUGACCCUGA